AACCAGGGACAGUUGAAGCAAUUAAGCUAGUAGAUGAUGUAGGUGCUAUUUAGUCAUUCAACCUUAAUGACAAGUUCUUUAUAAAUGUUACAACUCACUCUUUAUUCCAAUAAGCUUGGAUUUCAGUUCUUUUCUUUCUUUGUUUUCUAUUCAUGUUCAGAGUUCAAAUGGAGUUCCAUCUCCCACACAUCAUUCUUUUUAUAACUAUUGCGCUAGCUACAACCCAUGCUGCUCUGACUCCUGAGCUUUACUGGAACUCUGUUCUGCCUGAUACUCCAAUGCCAAAAGCGGUCACAGAUCUUCUACAGCCAGACUUCAUAGAUGAUAAAAGCACUUCUGUUGGCGUAGGGAAGGGAGGUGUAAAUGUUGAUACAGGUAAGGGAAAGCCUGGAGGAACUUCUGUAAAUGUUGGGAAAGGCGGAGUAAACGUGAACACUGGGAAAGGAAAGCCAGGAACCAAUGUUAAUGUGGGAGGUAAAGGUGGUGUAAAUGUUAACGCUGGAAAGCCGGGGAAGAGAACCAAUGUAGGUGUUGGCAAAGGCGGUGUAACUGUUACCACGGGACACAAGGGAAAGCCUGUGUAUGUUGGAGUACGACCAGGGCCAUCCCCGUUCAAUUAUGUUUAUGCUGCUACUGAAAAUCAACUUCACGAUGACCCAACUGUGGCUCUCUUUUUUUUGGAGGAGGACAUGUAUAUCGGGAAAACCAUGAACUUGCACUUCACCGAAAACCCAAACAUAGCAACUUUCUUACCACGCCAAGUUGCCAAUUCGAUACCUUUUACAUCUAAAAAGUUGCCAGAGAUCUACAAUGAGUUUUCUGUGAAACCUGGAUCAACGGAAGCUGAGAUAAUGAAGACAACAAUCAGAGAGUGUGAAGAACCUGGGAUUAAAGGAGAGAAGAAAUACUGUGCAACAUCACUCGAGUCAAUGAUUGACUUCAGCACUUCUGUACUUGGAAAAAAUGUUCAGGCAAUCUCCACGGAGGUGGAAAACCAAACCCAGAUGCAGAAGUAUAAAAUUACAACUAGAACAAAGAUGGCAGGUGACAAAUCUGUGGCAUGCCACAAGCAGAAUUAUGCAUAUGCUGUCUUCUAUUGCCAUGCAACACAAACCACAAGGGCUUAUAUGGUUUCUUUAGAGGGUGCUGAUGGAACAAAGGCUAAAGCAGUAGCAGUCUGCCAUACAAAUACAUCAGCUUGGAAUCCCAAGCAUCUGGCAUUCCAGGUACUCAAGGUUAAGCCAGGUACAGUUCCAAUUUGCCAUUUCCUUCCUCAGGACCACAUUGUUUGGGUUCCGAAGUAGAAGCCUGCAUACAUAUUAAACCCUAUUAGUUACAUUUCCAGUCAAAACAGUUUGCAUUCAAAUAAUUUGAGUUCUAGCGGUUUUAUUUUUAUAAUAAUGUAACUAAAGGCCCACUAUAUUUGGUUAUACAUAUCUAUAAAGUUUACUGUAGUAGUAUCAGUAAUUAAUACUAUUUUCCAAUGUUGCUAGCUUUC